GACAGUUCUCGGAAAGAGGGCGAGAGCAGGAAGUCAGAAAGUGACCCAAUAUGUUUUACUGAAACAUACUUCACAACCGCCCGUCUGUCGGACCAGUCGGAGAGAGUCCCGGAGAAACGAAGGAUGGCAGGAAGGGACAGAAAUAUCCUCCUGGGCUUCAUGGUCCUGCUGGCAGGUGUGUCUCCAGGUGCUUUGGGUCAACGUGUGAACUAUCCAGGUCCGGUUUGUGCUGUGAAAGGGUCAAAGGUCACCCUCCCCUGCACCUUCUCAACACUGAAGUCUGUGAAGGAUAAAGAUGGAAGAGAAGUUCUGAUAGAGAUCCAGAGAGUCGUCUGGUGCCAGGACCAUCGUAUUUGUCACGGCUCAACUCCGUCUGUGUACAACAGUGAAUCAGAGAGGAACAACCCUCGCUACAGAUACCUGGGAGACGAGGAGGGAGACUGCUCUCUACAGAUCUCAGGUUUACAGGAGGAAGACGAUGCAACUCUUCGCUUCAGAGUGGAAACUAAUCCCAGGAGUGGAGGUUUUACUGGCCAACCAGGAGUGAAGGUCACAAUCAGUGAUGGGGAUCCAAUGCAGAUCAAGAACUCCAGUGAAUCAGACGGAGCCGUCUCUCUGCUCUGCUCUGCACUCUGCACUUUCCACCAGCUGGAGGUCACCUGGUCCAGAGACGGCCUCACCCUCCCUCAGUCUGGCCCCGCCCUCAGGCUCAGCGCUCUGACUGCAAAGGAUUCUGGGAACUACACCUGUGCUUUGAAGAACGACCCCCGAACAGAGUCUCUGCCGUACAGACUGCAUGUGGAGGCUGCAGACGGAGGAAUACCUAUGGACCCCAUGCUGGUUGUUCGUCUGGUUCUCUUCACUCUGCACACUGUGCUCAUCCUCACAGUGACAGCCAUCCUCAUCAGAAGCCUGCAGACUUCCUGGAGGAGCUGUGAGCUUCUGAAGCACGGUGGGCAUGAUGGUGCAUCACUUCCUCCGCCUCUCUUCUCACCCUGAUGCCCCCAUCACUCUGGAACAGGGUCAAUCUGGAUCCAUGCCCCCAUCACUCUGGAACAGGGUCAAUCUGGAUCCAUGCCCUUACGCAAAGAAAAUAUAUUUCCCCAUAUAUUAACUGUCAAUAUAUUGCAUUAUUUUGUUUUCUGAUUUACUGGUUAAUUGAAAAGAUUUAAUAAAGGAAAUCUUGCUGUUGGCUACACC